AUGGCAGACUUUGGAAAACUCAUCAGGUUCAAAGAUGCAAAUGGUGACAUCUACCACGGCGAAGCGGAAGGGCUACCAGCAAUGACCAAGAGUGGGCUCAUCGGCUCUUCCGUGCCUGUCUAUUCGGGAGAGAGUCCAUGGGAUCCCGACUUCAAGCUUCUUCCGGAAACGAGAACAAUCGCUGAGUCGGGCGAGGUGGCUGACGAGUUGAAGAAACCAUUUACCCAGUACCCUCUGAUCUUCACCAAGCUCCCAGGAGCAAAAGCCGGGGCAUUCGACACAAUCUCAGUCCAUUCGGAAUGCAUAGAGCUAGAUUACGAGGUCGAAUUGACGGUUGUUAUUGGCAAAGACUGCAAGAACAUCACUGAAGAAGAAGAUCCGUUCGAUUAUGUCUUGGGCUACACGGUGGGUAACGACGUAUCUUCUAGAUACUGGCAGAAUGCCGCCCGUGGCAACGGUCAACCGGCGGUAGCAAAGUCCUUUGACAAAUUCGCCCCUCUUGGGCCGGUCAUUUCGUCAAAGAGAAUCAUUCCGGAUCCCACGCAGCUCAGGGUAAAGACGCGAGUCAACGGGGAGGAGAGACAGAACGCCACCACGGACGACUGGAUAUUUGAUCUUCCUCUUGUUCUUCGACAUAUCACCCGGGGUACAACGGUGCGCAAAGGGUCGGUCAUCAUGACUGGGACGCCCUCUGGUGUCGCUUUCUUCAUGAAGCCCCAAGCAUGGCUGAAAGAUGGAGACGUUCUGGAGACUGAGAUCCAAAACAUUGGUGUCUUGGAGAAUGUGAUAUCGUACGAGCGAGAGCCGGAUAAGAGACUUCAAUCGCCGUAG